UUGUAGUGAGUGCCGGUGUCGUGGAUCUUAAAAAACAUUUUUGCAAGUGAAAACAAGCGAAUUAUAACUUUAAAUGAACUAAAUUAAAAACAUAAUUACAUUGUAUAUGUGGACAUAUUGACCAAGUGUUGUGGCUGAUGAUGGACUGUAAUAUAUUCAGAAUUCGCUGAAUUCUGAGGCAUUGGAAAGUCGGAUUUCUCAUCUUUAAGGUUUGAUGGGUGCAUUCGUGAUGUGGGCGGUGGUGGUGACGAUUCUAGGGCUGGCAUCGGCAGCACCCUCGCUGGCCGCCGGCUACUGCUCGCUCAACACUCUGCCCAUCAACUCCACUUUCAUGCAUUUCACCAAGGAGCCGGUGCCUUACGAGUACGGCUUCGUCGACAAAUUCAAAAGCAUACACUGCUGUGUGAAAGGCUAUAGGAGCAUUGAAUGGUUCAAAGACGGCGUGGCGUACCCGUGGUCGGCCGGGGUGUCAAACCUGAUACUCUACCCGGAGGCGGCCAACCAGACGCUGUACACCCGGCGAGCGGCGCGCUCCGACGCCGGCAACUACACUUGCCGGCUGAGCAACGAGACGCAUAGCGAGACGCACACCGUCGUCGUUGAUAUACUAGAAAAACCAACCGACGCACCGAAAACAAUGUACAUUUCCAAAGACCAGUGGUUGGAGGAGGACAAACCAUUGCGGCUGUUCUGCGAGGCGCUCAUUGGUCAAUCGUACUUAGCAGACGCUCGCAGCGACUUGCGGUGGUACAAAGUAUGGCCAAACGGAACGGAGGGCGAGCUUCUACCUACACAGACGGAAAUUAAAACCACCCGGGACGACAUGGAGGACAUAAUCGGCGCGUACCUGACGGUGGAGCGCGUGUCGGUGCAGGACUACGGCACGUACGCCUGCGUCGUGCACAGCAACUCCAUCGUCUCCAGGAACUACGUCACUGUGCAUUAUAGAAGUGGCGUAUCGGGCAGUAACGGCGCGUGGUCGAGCUCGGGUGGAGUGCCGUGGCGCCUGUUAGCGCUGGGCGGCGCGGCAGCUGCACUGCUGCUGCUGUCUGUAACUGCUCUGCACGCGCGCUGCACGCCGCGGCUGCUGCUCACCGCGAGGCACUGGCGAGACCGCGCGCGCACCCCUGCGCAUAGAGCUCGUGUGCUAGAGAAAGAAUUCGACGUGUUGGUGUGCUGGACGAGCGUGGACGGCGAGCUGGUGCGCGGCGCCCUGCUGCCCACCCUGGCGCUCAAAUACAAGUACCGCGUACACUCCGUGCCGCUGCCUGCAGACCCUGACACUUGGUACAGCGUGCUAGCUGGCGAGGCGGGCCGGUGUCGGUCGCUGGUGGCUGUGAUCUCCCCCGCGCAGCAUUCGCCCACGCAGCUGCUCACCGCGCUGCGACAACUGCGCGCGUUGCCGCUGCCGCCCGUCGUCGUACUACUGCAGGACUUGCCAGACUUGAAGCGCGAGGCGAAGGACGCGGGCGAAAGCUUAGUAGCGGUACUGCGCCGCACGAGGCUGGUGGCGUGGCGGCACGUGCACGAGCGGGACUUCUGGACGCAGCUGCGGCUCGCGCUGCCGCUGCCGCCGCCGCCGCACGCCCAGCGACAGACUCAAUCGACUGCUGCCGAGACUGAAGAGAGUAAAAACUCGCGCUCCGGCAGUAUGACGGCGCUGGUGUGAACCUCCCUCGCGAGGAGGCAGCGAAGGUUAUGCAGAGACCAUUGUGCGUGACUAGUGGCCACCGUGCGUGACUCUCCCUGACAAGUGACCACCGUGCGUGACCACUCGCCCUGAAAGUGACCACCGUGUCUAGUGGAGUGACAGUGGAGUGUCAGACACCCGACUGAUGGACAACACGCUGCCAAUCUGUAUCAAGACUGUGAGUAGCUAUUAGUGUAACGAACAUUGUAUCACAUUACGAUAUUUUAAUUAGCCAUAAGAUUAUUCGAAUUCUGUAUACAGUUUUCUAAGGAUCUCAGCGUCUUACGUUUCAAACCAUUUUACGAAAUUAUUUUCAUUACAAUUUCUCUUGUGCCAAGGGGAAAUUCUAUCAUGACAUGUUGAUUUUAUUGAAGCUUUCUCUCUAUUUAUUGUUUUAUUUAUCUUUUUCUCUUGUGGCUUAUGUCGCGAUUUAUGAACGUUGUGUGGUAUUUUCACAAAUAUUUGGUAAAUUUAUCUCGAAUAAAGUGAAAGUGCUGUGCAAUAUUUUUGUAUAAUAGACGCUAGACGUCACGAUCGCAGCCAAACUUAUUUAGCUGUAGUACUUAUUGUAAAUCAUUAGUAAUUUUAAGUUGCGUUGUUCAUUGGGAGUUGACAUUACAGCGAUGAGAAGAGGGACUGUGAUAAGGGAUCUAGUAUUGUAUCGGAGAAUGGAUCGAGUGAGUUGACAGUGUGUAAAACUCGAGGAUAGCUCAAACGUGCCUAUGCGCAUCCGACUAAGGGAAAUUAAACUAUUUACAAACGAGAGUCGUCAAACGACAUUCACGUUGUACUUUUCUAAAUGGUUUUAUACUGUAGGCAAAGCUAAUGUUAUGUGCUGUUUUGUAUGGAAGACAAUUUCUUACUUUUUUAUUAUCUUCAUUUUUAUUUCUUACUUUUUACUUUUGAAGAAUUUCUUCUAACUUGAUAAGCAUUUUAGUUCGACCGACAGUAUAUGAUUUCUGAAAAGCUUCAAAAUAGGCAAUUAUUGUUAAUUAAAAAAAACUAUGUGUAUUAAGAGCCAUACAUAGCAUUUGUUUUACAUAUUGUUCGCUCACAUUUUUUUACCUUUCUAGUGUUAAGAUAUUAUUAGUGCGGUUGUAAAUAAUAAUAAUAAAAACGAAAUUAUUUUGUCUGUAUUGAGGACCGUCGAGGUCAGCUAAUAUAAUUUUGUAGUAUUGUAUUUUUACUUGUUACAUUCCAUAGAGAUGAUCUUAAUUUUGUUUAAGUUCAAAAACAAUUGUGAAUACAUUGUAUACAUGGAAAAAUAAAAUACUUAAAUUAA